AUGCUAUUUUCAAAAUUCAUUUUAUCAGCUAUUUUAUCAGCUACUUUAAUUAAAUCUGAAGAUAUUGAUACCACUGUUACUACAACAGUCACAAUUACUAAAACUUUAUAUACACCAGAAGAAAGUGCAAGUUUAGAAGCUGAACGUUUAGCAUCAAUUGCAGCAGUUGAAGCUGCAUCGAUUGCAUCAGUUGAAGCUGCAUCAAUUUCAUCUGUUCAAGCAGUUCAAUCAUUAGUUGACGAAUAUUAUUCGUCAUUAGCUUUAGAAUCCAAAGUGUUAGCUGCUGCAAAAGCAACUGAAGCUCCAGAACAAAACAAAAAUGCAGGUUAUAAUAAUUCUACCAUUACUGCUGAAUCAGAAUAUGAAUCAUUAACAACUGAAGAAUUAGAAAUUGAUACUGAAGUUGAAGAAGAUGUUGUUUUUGAAACAAUAUCAGAACUUAUUACAGUUUCAGUUGAAACAAGUGAAGAUGGAGCUUAUGUACAUGGUGUUAGUGUUGCUGCUGGUUUAUUGGCUUUAGUUGCAGCUUUAUUAUAA